UUCUGAGAGUUAAUGUGAUGUUAAAUGUUGUUAAUCGACUGAAUCUGGAGUAAAUGUAACGCUGUUUUAUCUCUGUGCUGAAGUUUCAAGACCUUUUCUGCUUAUUCGUGAAGAGUCGCAAACGAGUCGGUUCUUAGAGUCUGUUCAUUUAGAUCCAUCCAGGUGCAUGCUGGGAUUGCAGGCUCUGUUCGGCAUUGGUCUCCUUGUGACGUCACGGGGAGCCUCUGUCCUUGCACGCAGAGCUGCACACACACACGUGUGUGAACACGCUUACACACCACGGUUCAGCAGGCAGGCCUGCAGCAUGGCCCAGGCGCUCAGGUACUUAGGUCAGGAGGAAGCUCAGCGGAUCGAUGAGGAACUUUUCUCUGUGUACAGCUUCAGUGUGGAUCAGCUGAUGGAGCUGGCUGGACUAAGCUGUGCUACAGCGGUCACUAAAGCAUACCCUCUGCAGUCUCUGCUCAAACUCCCUCCCCGUGUGUUGGUGAUUUGUGGUCCGGGGAAUAACGGAGGAGACGGACUGGUCUGCGCUCGGCAUCUCAGACUGUUCGGAUAUGAACCUGCAGUUCUUUACCCAAAACGACCAAACAAACAGCUUUUCCGGAAUUUAACCACUCAGUGUGAGAAGAUGGAGAUUCCCUUCCUGUCUGAGAUGCCAGAGGCUGAUGAGGUGGAUGAGGUUUAUAAUGUGGUUAUCGACGCCAUCUUUGGGUUCAGCUUUAAAGGGGCGGUGCGCGAGCCGUUCGCCGCCAUUUUAUCCACGCUGAAGAAGAUCAGCGUUCCGAUCGCCAGUGUGGACAUCCCAUCAGGUUGGGACGUGGAGACCGGAGCCUCUGACGGGAUUCAGCCCGACCUACUGGUCUCUUUGACCGCUCCCAAGAAAGCUGCUUCUCACUUUCAAGGCCGUUAUCACUACCUGGGCGGGAGAUUUGUCCCUCCGGCUCUGGACAGGAAGUACGCUCUGAACCUGCCGCAGUAUCCUGGGACGGAGUGUGUGCUCCAACUCAACUGACCAGGGACCGAGACGGAUGGACAGACACUCACAGUCAGACACUCUCUCUGUGUUAAAUUGUUUAAAAUUUAUGUUUGAAUGUCAUUAAAGCUCACAGUCUGGAGUACA